AACGCUGGGAGUUGUAGUCGCCCGGCAGCCGGAGAAGAGGAGUGGAGCAACGUGCGCGAGCUGUGGGCGGGGCGGCAGCGCCUAUAGGAGGAGGGGCGUCUAUAGAGGGGGCGGCACCAGGGCAUCUACUGACGCCUUUCCUAAACUCUGUAUAGUAUAAGUGCAGGCAGCGGAGCGGACACUACUACUACCGCCAGCAUCCGCACUGCAUCCCCACCGUGGAUCUUACUGGAAUCCCUGCGAUGCCCGGGCGGCACUGCGCCUGUAUGGGCGCCUCCUGGCAUUAAUAGGGCGCACAUCUGAUCCUGCUGGGAGACAUGAGAAGAAGGUUGGGUUCCUCCAUAUGACAUGGUGCUGCCAGCCCAGGUCUGGCCAUGUGAAGGGAUCACAAGUGGCAUUAUGAAGGACAGGAAGUGACAGGUGGGCACAGCCAGGACCCUGCAGUCAGGACAUAUAAAGCCCCUUCUUCCUCAGCUGGGAGAAGUCCCAGGAGCUGAGUCUUGGACUCCUUCCUUGCCUCCCCAGAUGCCUGAAGCUGUCUCCUUGUGUCUUAUGAACCAGCAGUGGAAAUGAGCAUACAUCCAGCUUACAUAGCUGUGGAGGUGACCAUUGCUGUGCUGUCCAUCGUGGGGAACGUCCUGGUCUGCUGGGCAGUGGCCAUUAACAGCACUUUGAAAAAUGCCACCAACUAUUUCCUGGUGUCCCUGGCAGUGGCGGAUAUAGCGGUGGGUCUCCUCGCCAUCCCCUUUGCCAUCACCAUCAGCAUCGGCUUACAGACUGAUUUCCACAGUUGCCUGUUCCUCGCCUGCUUCGUGCUGGUGUUGACCCAAAGCUCCAUCUUCAGCCUGCUGGCGGUGGCUAUAGACAGGUACCUGGCCAUCAAGAUCCCCCUCAGGUACAAGAGUUUGGUCACUGGAAAAAGAGCAAGAACCAUUAUUGCAGUUUUCUGGAUUCUCUCUUUCGGUAUAGGUUUGACCCCACUAAUGGGUUGGAAUUGCUUAGAAGCAGACUGUGGUAAAGGAAACAUUUCCAUUCAGAACGGCACUGUCUCGUGUUUAUUUGAAAAAGUAGUCACAAUGACUUACAUGGUGUACUUCAACUUCUUUGGUUGCGUACUUCUUCCACUCUUAAUCAUGCUGGGAAUAUACAUCAAGAUCUUCAUGGUUGCCCGCAAGCAGCUGAGGCAAAUUGAACUAAAGUGCGUGGGUGCAGACAACUCAAGGACCACUCUCCAGAAAGAAGUGAAUGCCGCCAAGUCUUUGGCCAUUAUUGUGGGCCUGUUUGCUUUUUGCUGGCUGCCCAUCCACAUACUGAACUGCAUUACUCUCUUUGACCCUAAGUUUCACGAGAGAAAACCAGAGUGGGCUAUGCACAUGGCUAUUAUCUUGUCUCAUGCCAACUCAGUAGUGAACCCUAUAAUAUACGCCUACAAAAUCAGAGACUUUCGCUACACCUUCCGUAAGAUCAUUUCAAAGUACCUUGUCUGCAAGAAGGACAACUUUUCUAAAUGUCCCAAGGGCAGCAUUGGGAACUCCAGGCACUUACAUAUCAGUACUGUAAGUGCUGGCAGUGCUUUUAUGUGACCCUAUACUUAGGUAAGACUGCUGAACUCAGCCCACAUGGACUCAGCCCUACAUGUUGUUGGGUAGGUUACAUGGACAUAUACAGUAAAUCUGUUGGUGGGACCAUUAAGGAUCUGAUAAUUGACCACUUUGCUGCUGCACUUUGUUCGUUUCAGAUGUUCACCAUUCGUUUUUUAUUAGAAGGUAUUGCUGAAGGUUCCUCCUAACUCCUCUGCACUGACAAAUGUUCUGCUGGUUUUAUCAAACGCGUCAUGUAGUUUAAAGAACAUUUAGAAGAGGGACGUGCACAUAAUCCCCAAAACUAAUAUUUCCACUUAGAUUAAGCAACCAAAGCCAUGUUUAGUUACAGUGAAGGAAAGCUCCGAACCUGUAGAAGAAUGUACUGUACAUUAGUUUGUUUCUAAAGCACAUUAUUUAUAUAACCUUUUUAUAUGUUGGUUGGAUGUAGAGUAAAUUUUUAUUCUUUUGUAGAUUAUUUUUAUUUUAUUUUUUACUUUGGAAAUGUUCUUUUACCUUGAGAUCCUGCAUACAGUUCAAUUUAUUUAAUGUUUUUGCUUGUCGGUCUGUGUACUUGUCCAAAUGAAGGUGCUUGAGGUGAUCAUAUGAUAAGCUGAUACUUGCUGGAAUACAUUUUCCUCAACUACAGAUAUAAACAGGAAAUGUAAUGGUAAGAAACUAUCUAUGGUGGUUUAUAAUACAAAUUCAGUAUAGAAUUCUAGAACUACUGCAUAAUGGGAUAUUAAAAGGAAAAACUACUGCAUUAUUAUAAUCCAAAGUUUCCUACAUUUGUGCCAUAAGGGACCACUUUUGUACCCCAGGGUCAGUCUAGCCCACCAGAGGACUAUGGGGCUCAGGCUGUAAAACAGUAAUGGCCCCCAAAGAUCCAGCAGAACAUAACCCCACUAAAGCUAAUUUCACACUGGCGUUUUCCCCAUGUGGGUGCAGGCCAAGUUUACAACGGACAGCACCCAGACUGAACAGUGUCCCAUUCACAUGAGCAAUUAUCCAAAUGGACCAUCCAUCUGUGGCAAGAAAAUUAAUGUGUGUUUUAACUUUGUUCAGCUUUCAUUCAGAUGGAUGGGUCUGUGGGAAAGCUGGCCUGCACACAAACUUCAGCCAUGUGUGGUCCGUCAUUCGUGUUCACUGUCCAGAACAUGGAUGAAUUUAUGAUUGUCCGUCUUCAAGAGCUGACUUGGGGGGCCACUCACUUACCACUUCUUAUGGGAUAGCCCAUUAGAUCUUAAGUGAUAUGCCUGUAAAGAAAUAAUUUCCUUUGGAAAGGAAAGCUAUUCAGACAAUGGCUCUAAUGCAUGUGAAACAGUAAAUGUAGGAAGACAGGCCUAGGUUACAUCACUUUGGCUGGAAAUCUGUCUGAGAACCAGGGAAGCAAACUUGUACCCUUUUAGCUAAAGACCACCUCUCUCAUCCAAGCCUGGGAUGGGCAUAGGACCAGGUGGGUGAGAAAACAACAAGACUUGUUUUAGGAGGUAGGGGUGGUAAUGUUUAGGUCAUUGGGUUAUUACCCUUGACCUUCUUUAAUUGGAUUGUGUGAAAGUGAAAAAAUAUGGCGGCUUUCUUCCAGAAACAGGCAUCACACCUGUCUAUGUGGUGGUAUUGCAGGUUAAUCCUUGAUUGAAUGGAGCUGAGCUGCAAUAAAACCCGUGGACAAGUGUGAUGAUGUUUCUGGAAGAAAACACCCAUGUUUUUGUACUCUCAUAACCCCCUUUAAUAUUAAAACUGUGCUUUACUGGCAAUAGUGUCAUGCGCUGUCGUUCACAACAAGCGUCCCUUUUGUGCUGGCCUCCAGUGCUUGAGAACUGGCGGGAGGGAUGGCCAGUAAUGUCAUCCAUGUGAACUAUUCCUGACACUUUCCACUCUCUCAACUUCUUCCUACUGGCUGGACCUGAGAAGCACUCUGAGUAAAUCACUGGCUAUAUCUCGGGUUGUAAGAUGGGUUCUUUCGGAGAACAGCUGCAGUGCACCCUAGUCCCUGGCGGCUGGUCUCACAGUGGAACCAAAAGAAAAGGUCAAUGCUCAUUCAAGGUCCAAGGGACAAAGCACAAAUCCUAAGUAUCCCGGAUGAAUCUCUGGAGGGUGUAAAUAGCUAUAUAUAUUUAUAUAUUUGUACUAUUUUUUAUGAUUGCAGAAGGAAAAUACAGAACGGGUCACAUGGUUCACAACCAUUGUGUGAUGGGUCUGACGGGAAGCUCUUAUGUGUUCUUUGUGUUGCAGACAAUCUGAAGUUCACUUUCAUGGUGAAGGGCUACACAUUACUGUGAUCAGGUUUUCAUUUGAACAGUUAUCAGUGAUUUAUGAAGAUGAAGGAAAUGGAUAAGACUGCACUGCAGGGGAAUACAGAUACUGUAUAGGGACCCACAAGAUCCGAAAUACAAAGUCAUACACACAUACAUGCACAUCUAUAUUCUAUGUGUUAUCUGCAGCAACAGUGAGGCUUGUGUAAUGUCUACACCAGGGUCAGCAACCUUCGGCACUCUAGCUGCUGUGAAAAUACAACUCCCAGCAUGCAAACAUGCCCG